AGGGGGGGGCACAGGGUGCAGAGCACUCUCACAGCUCCUGCACACUGCUCUGCUCAGCACACAGUUUCCAGGGGCUCCAAUGGGAAAUACAGAGCUAUGGCACUUCAACACUUCUACACUGUAAGAAAGGAACAAACUAAACGAUAACCCUUCAACACAAAAAUCGGGUGGCAUGAAAUGAACAUGAAAAAGGAAAGAAAUAGACUGGAAGAUGUUCAGAGAAGAGCGUUUUUAUAAUCUGUUAUUGCUGUUUGAUUUGCUUGGAUCCCUGAGCCCUGAAAUAUUGUGCCUUUAGUGUACAAUGGAUUGUACAAACUAGUUUUGUGAUCUGGAAAUCAAUUAAAAAAAAAAAACAACACGCUUUCAGUGUUGUCAUGAGGACUGGAAUGCAUUUCCAUUGAAGGAUGGGUUUGCUUUUGUUGAAAAUGGGUUCAGACUGCCCUAAAGUGGUCAAGAACUAGCUGGAGGACAAGGAUAUAAAACACAGCUAAAAACAUACAGGAGGAUUAAGACGUUUAAGUGAAACCAUGGGCAUUUAAAAACGUUUGACAAUGUAGCUGUAAAAAACAAAAGCAAAAAACAAAAAAAAGUGACGCGACUCCAAUUCAAGCAAGCAAAGCGAUCCAGUAUGGAAAUGCACACAAACCCAAUGAUCCACAUUUACGUAAACGGCACAGCGUUGGAGCUGAACGGUUCUCAUGUCUGCAAUGAAACCACAUACCAUGGCUUGGCCGAGGACAGCGCGGAGACCUACCAGUUCUACGUGGUCAGUCUCUUCCUCUCGUGCUUGUACACCAUCUUCCUCUUCCCCAUCGGCUUCAUCGGCAAUAUCCUGAUCUUGGUCGUGAACCUAACGCACCGGGACAAGAUGACCAUCCCGGAUCUCUACUUCAUCAACCUGGCUGCAGCAGACCUGAUCCUGGUGGCGGACUCCCUGAUCGAGGUCUUCAACCUCAACGAGAAAUACUACGACAUCGCCAUCCUCUGCACCUUCAUGUCCCUGUUCCUCCAGAUCAACAUGUACAGCAGCAUCUUCUUCCUGACCUGGAUGAGCUUCGACCGCUACAUGGCUCUGGCCAGCGGCAUGAAAACCGGGCCCUUCAGAACCAUGCAGCAGGCCCGGCUGAGCUGCGCGCUCAUCUGGAUGGCCUCCAUACUGGCGACCUUGAUGCCGUUCACCAUCGUGCAAGCCCAGCACACGGGGGAGGUCCACUUCUGCUUCGCCAACGUGGUGGAAAUCCAGUGGCUGGAGGUGACUCUGGGAUUCCUUGUGCCCUUUUCCAUCAUCGGGCUCUGCUACUCCUUGAUCGUGCGGAUCCUCAUGAGGGCUCAGAAGCACAGGGGGCUGUGGCCCAGGAGGCAGAAGGCGCUCCGCAUGAUAGUGGUGGUGGUCCUGGUGUUCUUCAUCUGCUGGCUUCCCGAAAACGUCUUCAUCAGCAUCCAGCUCCUCCAAGGAACGGGCGACCCCGCCCACCCAGACGACUGGACGCUGAUGCACAGCCACCCACUGGCCGGGCACAUCGUCAACCUGGCUGCCUUCUCCAACAGCUGCCUCAACCCAAUCAUUUACAGCUUCUUGGGGGAGACGUUCAGGGACAAACUGAGGCUGUUCAUUAACCAGAAAGCAAGCUGGUCCGCACUGUAUCGCUUCUGUCACCACACCUUGGAUUUUCAGAUCCCUGUUCGGAAUGAAGUUUCAGAGGUUUAAAAAAAUAAUAAUAAUGAUUACGUGAGGCUUUUAGCCCAAAGUGAGGUAGCCAAAAAAAAAAAAAAUGCUAAACGCUACGGGGAUACCUGUGUGUUACUCUGAAGAAUCACAAGCAGCACCAUUGGCAGCAAUGGCAACAAACAAUGGAAUUCCCCAGCGGUCCUGACAGCACAGUACACUUGCACUGUUACUGUACCAAAGCAUACGUUUAGCAGUGUGUAUCUGGUCUCAACCCAUGUGGCACCAUUGGUAGAUCAAAACUUAAACAAAAUACCACUGUGGUAAAAUUCUACCAAUGGCCCAUAACUUUUAGGCUGCCAUUGUGCCAUCAUUGCCACUUGGCACCGAACCACAGAAUUGCCUCCGGUGGCGCUCCCAAAGAUCAUUUCGUAAGGGAGUUUUUGGGUACUGGUAAUGGGGCAAUACUGCUCGGAUUUACUCUAGGGCUGAAAACAUGCUAAGACUGCAUUGGCACAAUGCACCAAAUCAAUUGCAAGUAGUAGAACUUGCCAGUUUCCGCCAGUGAUUUGAGUUUCUGCUUACAAGUUGCAACACGAAAGAAUGGCAAAGGGUAUACAAAAUACUGCGCAGGCCGUCAACUUGAAUAAGUCUGUUAUAUUGACCAUUGGUAUCUCCAGGAGGAUUCGAUGCAAGCAAAACGGGCAUUCUGUACAGACAAUAAAAAAAGCAGUCUGACAAAUGAAGACCUUGGUUUUUCUGAUUUGUAUUAUUUUGCGAGUCAAUCCUUUUCCUUUCGAAGCAAUACAGAACAUGAAGUAUUCUUAUAAUAAAGGCACUAUUACACUGUUAAACCCUGGCCGUUGUAGUGGACAGCAUCAUGUAAAACCCUUUGCAGAAGAGAUGGCAAUUCACUGAAAUGAAAACUCUGGGGUGUAAGUUGCACUGCUUUUGGUGAAACAAUAAUGUUACCCAACUCACCCUCACCAGUUGCCUUGGCGUGGUUUGCCCUUUGGCGCCGAUUCACUAGACAUUGCUCCUUCCAGUCUAACCCAUAUAUUCCUAUUCUAUGAGAGGACUCUCUGUGUGUUCUCAGCUAGUUUAAAGUCUGCAAGUGGCAUCCAGAUCUGCGCUGGAGAUGCAGAUGAAUCACAACAAACAGAGACAUUGACAAAGCACAAAGGAAGGGAGCUGUCACAGCAAUUUCUUCAUUAUUAUUAUUAUUAUUUAUUUCUUAGCAGACGCCCUUAUCCAGGGCGACUUACAAUCGUAAGCAAAAACAUUUCAUGGAUAAACACACAACCAUGAUCAAGUUCACCUCUGCGAGUGGCACGGAUGACACAUGUUAUGUUAAACAAAUUGCCUACAAAAGUUAAUAACGAAGGUAAAAUGAUUAGAAAGCAGGUUCUGAUAAUGAUACAUGUAUAAUGUGUAUACUGCUUUGGAAGGGACAUUGAAAACGAACACACUGUUGGAAAAGGUCUUUGUGUAAUAAUUUACAGAGAGUGGAUGUGUGCGUUUUAUGGAAAACUGUUGGAGUAAAUGGCAAAUAACUGCUUUUCUUUUUUACAAGACAUGUACAUUUAUACAUACAAAAGACAACAUUGUUUAAUUCUGGUUGUGUGUCUUAUUUUCCAAACAAUGUAGUUUUGUUAUGGCAGGCUGUCCUCCAGUAUCUUUAGAAAAACAAAAACAGCUGUGAACAAACAUGUUAGAACAUAAAAACCCUAAAAGAAAAUGAAUUCAGCGACAAACAAACAGUCUUUCAGACACCGAGAAAGACUUCUAAUCAAAAUGUUUGCAUCAAACUUAUUGAUCAUGCUUUUUAGUAUUUCCAAAUGAAUCACUGUGGAUUGUUUAAGACUGCCCGCAGAAAUCUUGUUAAAAGGCAGGUCUACUUAAAUGAUAAUGGUACAUCCGUGACGUUACCAGUCUAUCUGAGAUCUCAAUAAAUGAACAGCUCGCUGUGUGGAGGGCAGAGAGCUGCUCCCUCCAGCUGUUUCAGCAGUCUGAAAAAAGCAUAACUUUUUAAAUGUAGCAAUUACUGGAGUACAUCACGAAAUACCCUGUAAUGAGAUAUCAUACCUUUGCUUGAGGCCAAAUAAUGACUGAGUCCGAAACCCUUUUCAAAGUAAAUUAAAUUUAGACUUUCGGGCUUCACAGUGAAAGCAAGCUGUUUUUUUUUUGGCAUGACAGGGUUUUCUAAAGAGACCACGCAGAAGCGUUUUCACUGGAAAACGGAUCACUUUAAGAUGGACUGGACUCAGCUGUGUGUUCAGGGACUGAAAAGCUCAUUUGUCAAAACCACAGGAGAGUAUCAAGUCUCCUAGAGAUGCCGCAAUUCAGGUAGCAUCUAUUUCAUCACUUUUUCAGGAACAGUGGCUUGAAACCUGGUUCCAGGAGACCUAGCUUGAGGCAACAUUGCUGAAUCAAAGUGCCAAUUCUGUCGUGGUGUGCCAUGCAGUGGCCUGAAACCGUUUCUCCCUCGGCUUAACACAGCCGUCCAUGACAAAUGACUUUGACCUCUAAUCCAAUACGGCUGUCUGAUAAAGUCUUGGGAGGUCUCUCUCUCUCUCUCUGUCUCUCUCUCUGUCUCUCUCUCUCUCUCUCUGUCUCUCUCUCAAUUAAUUUCUUUCCAAUAUUAGAUUCCGGAGGUCCCUCAAAGUGAAGAGCAGAUCACUUAAGUUGGGAGAAUUUGCAUCAUUUCAUUGCAAUACUGACAGACGUAAAAACCCAGAGUAAUUGCACAGUGACAUUUGUAAUGAACUUGAAAUAAAAUCCUCUUGAGGCACUUAGACUAGUUCGCUUGACCCCCCCAUUUAUUUAGUUUUAUGGAUUCAAAGCCCUAUUUCAGUCUGAGGAGAUGCCGGUGGUCCCAGACUGUGCAGUCCCUCUCCAGUUCAGCUUGAGAGUGGAAGCUUG